AUGAGUGCCUUCACGCCCUCGAUGACGCCGGCCGACGUGGUGCUGCUGACUGCGAAGGCAGAGCAGGACCGGAUGAACAGCAUCACCAGGCUCUGCAUGGAGAGGUGCGCAGACACCCUACGCCGCGACGAGGCCUUGCCGGCUUCUCACGAGCGGCUGCCAGAGAAAACACGGCGUUGCUUAGACGUGUGCUUCCAGAAGUUUUGCGACACUGCCGACCUCGUGGCAGCGGAGAAGCAAGCUUGGGAAGUUCAACAGCUCCGCUUGGCGCAGCGCCAGGCCAUGGCCACCACCGCCGUUCUCGGCACGCUGGCAACCACGCUUACCAUCGGGCUAGGUUGCUACUUGUUUCGUGGCGGAGACGAUUGA